GUCGUCGUCGUUGUGGUCGUCGUGUCGUAUCGUCGUUGGCGUAGUCGUCGCCACUGUCGUCGUCUCUUACGUUCUCGUACGCGCGUGUGUGUGCGUGCGGAGUCAGUGUAUUAGUGUAUUUGUGAGAGUGAAACCCACACAUAUACACCUAUACGUACAUAGGCACACAUACUUGGACAUUAUUCACUCGGUGGACGAUUCACAUAUACCUAAGCAACCAAGAGAGUCACCCUACCACGCUCGGCAGCGCACAGGGACACGCACUCACACGUUCUCCUCGAAUCCGGACGGGACUUUAGCACACCAACACCUCCGCGGGAGGUGUGGGGGUGAGCCCCCAGAGGAGGUGUCAAUCCUAGCGCUGCUCAGUGACCAUCGCGGCGCCACCCAAGUAACACCUUUCGUCCGCUCUCUCUCUGCAACAGCACACCGGCAGAUCUAGUCGACGUUUUAGACUCGAGUCCGAAAGGGAAAGACAGACUCGUUUCUUAAGUUUUCUUUUUGUUUUUCCUUUUCCAAUUUUAAUCAUCGCCUAGUCGUCGAAACGUACUCCAACCAGUCAACAAACGUAAUCUAUCGAAUAUCAAAAACUUUUCUCUCUCCUCUCUAUUCUAUUCUUGUCUGCCAAAGAAGACUCUCGAGCAAAGACAACGACUCAACAGAGGGAGGGAGAGAGAGAGAUAAUUCUUCUUCUUGUUCUUCUAUUCUACGUAGUACCUUGGCAAGAACAAGAUUAAUACGUUUUAACUGAUCUGGUGUUUACCUAGUCUCGUGUCUACGUUAAUCUUCACGACGCGUCGUCUCUCGUGUGAUCACGGCCCGUCGGACGGUGGCGUCUCCGAGCGUGGCUACGUUCUCGUGCCUCCUCGUCAUUUUCAUUCUCUCUCCCUCCCUCCCACCUUCCCUCUUUCUCUCUCUCUCUCUCUCUCUCUCUCAUUCUCUCUCUCUCUCUCUCUCUCUCUCUCUCUACACGCACACACAUACACAAAUUCUAUUUAUCCGUUUAUCUAUCCUUUUGUGUAAAAAUCGUGAACCAAGAAAGUGUUGGGGCAAACAGUGAAAAAGAGUAAUUUCUUCUGGUGAAUCGAAAGAUAGUGAACGAUUGCUAAAGAUGGGAGCGACUGUAGGUGCAACCAAGUCGACGCAAUAAAAGUGACAGUGCUUGAUUGGAAGAGUUUCGUCCGAAUCGGUAUCGUUUCACCUAAUCGCGAGAGUGAACGUAGAGAGGAUCUUUGUCGAGAAAAGUGAGAAAGAAGAUGAAGAAGGGAAGGAUCGACGAUGGGUCGUUGAAGGCGAGGGUGAAUCAUCGCGUUGGUAGGAAACGACGUGAACGUUCGAAGGAUCAGAAUCCUCAACGUUCCUGAACGUGAAAGCGAUGAAUAUGUUGGAGCGUGGUGCCGAAUAAGAGCAAGUGCCUCACGUGGUAUCCAAACGGAAUAUCAAAGAGAGCGAAGGAGAAAAAAAAAGAGAAAAAAGAGAGAGAGAGAGAGAGAGGGAGAGAGAGAAAGAGACAGACAGAGAGAGAGAGAGAGAGAGAGAGAGAGAGAGAGAGCGAGAGAGACGCAAGCCAGAAAGGCAAAAAAGUCGUUGGUAGAGGCAAGGAAGGUUAAAGAAAAAAAGGAGAGUUUGAGUCACUCGAAGAGGAAUCUCGCGCGACUCGGCACACUCGCCCGUCUCGAUGAGAUUCGAACAGGAGACAGCGUGCAGGGGUACCCACUGCGCCAGCACUCCGCAACCCUCCGCGCUGCAACAGCGAACACGGCCCGAGGAGUUGGUGGUGGAGGAGGAGGAGGACUCUUCCUCCCUGAAGGACGACAUUGUCGUAGGUCAACGGUUAAGACGCAGAGAAUUGGAGGCUAACGUGGUCGAGGGUGCGAAGACGGGGCCGAGGGCCGAGGCGGGGGGGCCUGGGAUGGCGUACCCCGCGUCAGCGACGGCUCUGAAUCAGCACUCGCCGUUCGCAAGCUCGUUGACGAGCUCGCUCGCGAGCUCCCUCGGUGGAGGACCACUUGGUGCUGCCAGCGGCGGAGGAACCGCUGGUCCUCUCGCAGCUGGUGCACCAACUUCUAAUAAUCCCAACGGUCAUAUCUCAACGGCCGGCGGACAACACUUACCAGCACCGGCUGCGCCAAGACCAACAGAUUUUAGCGUUUCCUCCUUGUUAACCGCUGCCAACACCCAUCCGCCUAUCUUAGGUGGCUCCUCGUCUCAAGGUAGCGCUUCUCCACCACCCGGUGGACCUGGUAGUCCAGCGGCAGCACCCGAAACUCCACCACCCUUACCGACUCAAAGAGAAUUGUCUCAUCCCUCGUCGGCCGUUGCCGCUGCUAGUUACUUUAGUGCUGCCGCACUGGCAGCCGCUGGUUUCUAUAAUCCGGCGGCUCAUCUGCCGCCAACUAGCUCACCAGGACCGACGGCUCAUCAUCUUCAGGGCAAAGCUAUACUAACCAGUCCGCAUCAUCAUCCGCAUCUUAAUCCUCACGGCAUCACGCCACCAGGUUUAGGACUGGGUCCACAUACACCCGAAGAAGCAGCAGUCCUGGCAGCGGCAGCAGCUGCAUUACAUCAUCAUCAUCAAGGUGGUCCUGGAGGUCCAGCGAUGAGGCCUCUCAGGCCACCUUUACCUCCAGGGAUGCUGCAUACUUCGCCGCAUCCCUUGGCACCGCACCAUCCCUUAGCCGCUCCUCAUCACCCUUUGGUACCACCUCAUCAUCCGGAGGAAGAUGGUGUUGUCGAUGACCCUAAGGUCACGCUAGAGGGGAAGGAACUUUGGGAAAAGUUUCAUAAACUCGGCACGGAAAUGGUCAUUACCAAAAGUGGCCGACGCAUGUUUCCCGCGUAUAAAGUGAGGGUGUCCGGGUUAGACAGGCAAGCUAGCUACAUACUGCUAAUGGACAUCGUGGCAUCGGACGAGUGCCGAUAUAAGUUUCAUAACAGCAGGUGGAUGGUAGCCGGUAAGGCUGAUCCAGAAAUGCCGAAGAGAAUGUAUAUUCAUCCGGAUUCACCUAGCAGUGGCGAACAAUGGAUGCAGAAAGUCGUGAGCUUCCAUAAACUCAAGCUCACGAACAACAUCAGCGACAAGCACGGCUUUGUAAGUACUACGAUAUUGAAUUCAAUGCACAAAUACCAACCGAGGUUUCACCUCGUACGAGCCAAUGACAUCUUGAAGCUUCCCUACUCGACGUUCAGGAGUUACGUUUUCAAGGAGACGGAAUUCAUUGCCGUGACGGCCUAUCAAAACGAGAAGAUAACACAACUGAAGAUCGAUAACAAUCCCUUUGCGAAAGGAUUCCGAGAUACUGGUGCGGGGAAGCGAGAAAAAAAAAGGCAGGCGCUGUUGACGGUAUCGGGAGGCGGUUCUCGUUUGACGUCGGGUGGUCCAGCAUCUCCGGAUAAAAGACGAUCGUCGAAUUCGGCAAACGAUAUGAUGGACGACGAGGAUAAAUUAUUGGACGUCGUUGGUCCGGAGACUCCACAUCCGGCUCAUCAUCAUCGGGAACGAGAGCAGUCUCGGGAAAGGGACGAUAGAACCAGCGAGAGAGGAGAGGGUAGCGAAUCAUCGGGUUCGGAGAGCGGUGGAGUGUCGGGAGGUGCGGCAGGAUCGGAAGGGCCACGUCCAGACGUAUCGGUUGGUCCACCAUUGCAUCCGCCAUUAUUACCGUACCUCUAUCCACCUGUACCAGGAUUAUACCCAGGUCCGGGUCCAUUGAUACCGCCUAGUCCGUUGGGUCUACACGGUGGCGUUACACCGAGUAUGUUGUUCAACGCUCAAUUGGCAUUAGCGGCUUCGCAACAUCCGGCCCUUUUCGCUCAUUACCCACAUCCAUUGGCUAGCCCUUUGCAUCAAUUGAAAGGGCAUAGAUUCGCUCCUUAUACAUUGCCGGCACCAUCCCAUGGUUCGGCGUUCGAAACUGUUACACCAGGAAGUAGAACUCUCAGCCCGAGAUCACCACCGCCAAGGCCAGCUACUGGUUCACCGACGCCUACCGGUGGUCCGGCAACCGUAUCCGCUACGACCGGUGGCCCUCCUACGUUAGGUACCACGACAUCGGGCUCAGCGGGUGAAUUAAAGUCGAUCGAGAACAUGGUCAACGGUCUUCAGGAUAAAAGGAGAAGGAGUCCUAGUUUAACGCCUGGACACCGUGGCGACGGCGAAACGGGAGGCGGGGGGAGUCCGUGACAGGAGAACGAGCCUGUAACAAGCACAAACGACGAUCUAGAGGAUGAUCUCGAUCCCGACGAUGGCUCCCUCGAUCUCGACGAUCCGUCCGAGGAUGAUAGGGAACCUGACUCGACCUCGGAGCCCUCGUAGCGCGAGAGGAAUCUUCGUAUCUCAUUGUCCGAAUGGAUCCUCGAACUCUUGCUCGUUCUUCUCUCGAUAAUUUACUCUCACAAGCACGUUAUCAUCGUUGUCGUUCUUAUCCUGAUCCGUGUGGAACUCUCGCUUAUCGCCGAUAUGUGAACGAUUAUUACAAAGGAUAAAACUAAAGAGAAAAGAAAAAGAAAAAAAAAGAAAAAAAAAAGAAAUAUUAUCUAUCAAAACUAAAGUGCAAUUUUCUUU